AUGGAACAGACUAAAAAAGCAACAGUCAAGAUUCCGUCUCCAAAGAAUAACAAUUAUCUCCCCACUCAACCCUUCUUCUCAGCUCUCCCUUUCCAGGAAGAACUGAACUCAAACGAAGCUAUUCACAGCUCUCCGAGUUCGCUCGCCACCGCCAACAUUCCCCAGCAAGACUCUUUAGUCUUCACCACGGCUUCUCAACAGCAAACAUGGCCUCCCUCCAGUUCCCCGAGCCUGCCGGCACAUUCCGCGCAAUCCAACUUCCCACCACCGCAACAGGAUUUCGUCUUGUUCGAUCAACCCCCGCCUCAGAGACAGAACGUUAACCGCUCUGUAUCCUUGCCUGCCUCAGUAGCAGUAUCAGCCUUCGGAUCUCGUAACGUCAACCCUGGCCGCUCUCCGCAUAUCACAAACGGUUCUUCACCUUCAGUACAGAAUUCGAUACAGAACCAGCGGGUGGCUCAGAUUAUCCGGGCAACAGGACAUCAGACUUCUUCCUCUACGGCAUUUACCAAUCAGUUUAAUUUUCCUGUGCAAAAUCAGACCCUACAACAGUAUUGCGCAUCAAUUUCUGCUUUACCCCCUACCGCUGCGGCGAACCAAAAUCGUGCUGCUCGCCCGCCUGUACCUCUUUUCACGCAGGGCGGUGGUAAUCAGCAGGCGGCCAGGAUGGAUCUUCAAGGUAAUUACUCAACCUCUUUCUCUAAUUGCAUUCCUAUCUUACACAACCCAGACGCUCUUAGCUUUGAAGACCUCGCGGUCUUCCAGGGGCCAACAGCUGCCUACUCUUCCCCUGGAAUUCCCGGGUACGACGUGGGUGUGAGCUCGGCCUCUAGCACCAUGGGGACCAUUUCACCCCAAGACUUAUUCCUCGACCCCACCACGUCCGCCCCGAACUCCACCGCGAUCACGAACUUAACGUCACCUUCCAUGUAUGAGGGGUCUCCUGAGUUUCAAGAUCAUGAUUUUGAACUGUCCCCGGAUUUCGACCAUAGCUUUGGUAGGCCAUGGACUUCUUUGUUUCCCGAGGAUAAGACAGUUGUCAAUGCUGCCUCUACCGCUGACGAAUCGUCACCGGCACAGCAGUCCGAAGAGCUGGAGGCGGCGGAACCCGUUUCUAAGCCUCGACGCAAAUCUGGUAACUCCCCGUCGUCCGGGAAUCAUGCCAAGCACUCUUCAGUGUCUGGUGUGAACCCUCGUCGACGAGACAAACCACUUCCUCCUAUCAUAGUUGAUGAUCCGAGCGAUUUGAAUGCCAUGAAGCGAGCGCGAAACACACUGGCAGCUCGUAAGUCUCGUGAGCGUAAAGCGAUUCGAUUUGAGGAACUUGAAGCGAAGAUCGCUGAUCUUGAGAAAGAGCGUGAUUUUUGGAAGAGGAGAUGCGAAGCACUAGAAUCUCAAACUGGUUGA